CCCUUGCUUCGCCUCUUCCUCUUUGGCUCCGCACAUUAGUGUUCUAAUCAUUAGCCGUAGGUGCCUCCCCGUUUCGUUACGUUUUCUUCCGUUUAUGAAACUUUUAGCAACAUAAUCUGCGUAAUUAUUACACCCCAUGUAGCGACGGCUCCACUUCAAAACAUAAAAAGCACUAACGUUUUGCCAGAGAAGGAUUGCAAGGAGAGUUUGUGUCAGAGUCUGCCCCAGAAAGAAGUAGGUCCAGACCGAUCCAGCUAAGGAGUGAUACUGAGCAGAUACAUGGAUAGCCAAAUGAAGCAACGUGUCUUCACUGGGGUUGUGACCCAGCUCCAGGAGCAUUAUGGGAUGGUGGACCAGGAAGUGCGUUUUCAGAAGAGUGUGGUGAAGGGGAGAGUUCCGGCACUGGGGGAGAGGGUGCUGGUAAAGGCUGUCCUGGAUCUGUCUCAAUCACACAGCUGGAGCGCCCAGAGAGUACAGACCCUCGCAGAACACACACAGACGGCAAAGUUUCCUCGUCCUCUCCUGCCCUCCAUGAUGCCUGCACACGCACAGAAACCGGGCAUUCUGGGUAGCAAGCCGCAGCCUCUCCUCAAAUCUCCCAAGAUCCCUCCUCUCAUCCCCAGCAUCCUUCACACUGUGGCCAAGCCGGGGUUGCUGCAGACUCCAUCAUGGGGGGGUCAGUUUGAGGGCUGGGGCAGAGGCAUCAGGAAGAGACCUGCUGAGGCAGGGAGACGAGGAGACCGCCGGGAGGACAGCGGAGUGAGGGGUUGUGACCAGAAGAGGAGGAGGUGGAAGGAAGAGGAGGAUAAGGGAGCACACCCCAAAAAGACCUCCCCUACCCCAGUUCAGAGUCCCGCCCUCUUCUCUUGCUUCCCCAGGGAUUGUGUGUCCUGUGACAGUCUAGAGCUACAGCGUCGCUACCCCCAUCUCCCUCUCCCCCCAUCCGUCUGCCACCUGUCAAUCAGUUGGAUUGACAGCUUUCCUCCCUCCCAGCCCCUCCCCUUUCCGCUCCCACAGCCCUGCCGUUACCACAUAGGCCCCGUCGAGCCUGACCAACACAUACACACUGAGAGAGAGGGCGCAGAGUGCACUGUAAAGGUGCUGCUGUUGUCCAUGGCCAGUUCAGAGGAGCUGUACAGACAGUGCUGUGGGCUGCAGGACCGGAAAGAACAGCAGGAGGGUGCUAUGCACCCUGCCUCUCUCAUUAAGUUCCUUUUGGGGGAGGUAGGGGGUGAGUUUCGGGCCCUUGGGGGUCCGUGGUGUCUUGAGACAGAUGGCGGCGGUCCCAGUCCGCUGAAGGACCCUCGGGCACUGCUGAGGACAGCCCUGCGCUGUGUGAGGGAACAGAGUGGACUGGACCUCAGCGGCUGCUCCCAGUGGUAUAAGAUGGCUGAGCUGAGCUAUGUUUGUGAGGGGAAGCUGGAGACAGUGGUGUUUUUGUUACCUGAUGUCUGGCGGAUCGUACCUACAGAGGACGACUGGAGCACACUCAGGACUCAGGAGGAGGAAGGGGCCCCUCUCCCUGCCACUCCAUGCCUGGUUGCAAGGCCUCGUCCUGGGCUAGCCCUCUGCCCCGUCCCCCUCUCCUCUCUCCUGGAGCCCCACACCUCCACAACCAAGGAGGCCUUUGAGGUGGGCUUGCUGGCAGAGUUGUUUUGUGAGAUGCUUCAGAGGGACUUUGGUCUACUGCUCUACCGCUGUCUCUGCUCUCUAACGCCUACACACACACCCACGGAGGAUGACCAGAUAAAGAACGACAAAAAGCAGAGAAUAAGGGAUGAGAGGAGUAAAAGAUUUCAGGAAAGAGGAGAGAGUGGAGGGACAGCAGCGGAGGAGACUGAUGACGAUGGAGAAGAGAUGGAUGAGAAAGAGGGAGAAAGAGAGAUGUUGGGAGAGGAGGGAAUUACUAGUGAGAAUUCAGACUGCCUCUUAAAGCACAAUGUGCUGUCUCGUAGGGUGUUGUUGGCUUGUGUGUUCUUUGACAAACGGCUCACUGGCGGCCUCAGACAAGCAGACCUUCACAACAUCUUACUGUCACUAGGGCUGUGGCUCACACCCACCCAAGUCCAGGUGUUGUUGAAUAAGGUGUGUGUGGAGGGGCAAUGCCCAUACAGGAUGCUAGCCUCUCGCUGGGAGGAGACAGAACACACAGAACCUGAUAUCAGCAUGGAAGGUAACCGUGGGUUGUUUCGUGGAGCUACAAAGAAGGAGAAGGCUUGUGGCCGGAAGUCUGGGGGAUCCAGGGGGCCAGCUGCAGCUGUGGGGGCUGAGGUGGUCUCCUACAAGGGCAGUGUGGUAAACAUCCCCAGCCUGCUGCAGGCCCUGGAAGCAGCAGACAGAACACGGAAAGCCCUGGAGCUACGCAUCGCCACCCUACAGGACGCACUGGUGGAUGCUGCGGCUGUCACUCAGGGCCAGGAGGAGGGUCUUAGCAGCAGGCUGGAGAAGGUGGAACUUCGAAGCUCAUCCUAUGAGAAGAAGCUGAAGGAGGAUGCUGGUCACAUGUUCGCCCUCAUCCACAAAAUGCAGGAAAUGGUCGACGAGACGACAAGCCUGACUCAAUCAAAAACAGCAAAUGAAGAACACUGAUUGGUCGGAGCAGAACAGAGAAGUGAAGAUAAACUUGAACGAUUACAUUAUUACAUACACACACACGCACCAGCCGGCUUGACGGGGAUGAGUGAGUGACUACACACAUAUACAGUCAUGAUGGAAAGUAUUGGCACACUUGAUAAAGAUGAGGGAAAAAAACUGUAUAAAAAAAAAAUGAUACAAUUACUGAGCUAUAAUGUAUGCUCCCAAAUUUUUUUAAAUUAUAUGAUUUUAUACUAAUACAACUGCUCAAAGAAAGAGAUUUUGUUUUUCUCAAUAGAUGGGGUCGAAAUUAUUGGCACCCCUCUUUUCAAUACUCCGGCACCUUUGUGAGGAUAACGGCAUAGCCUUUUUCUCUAAUGUUUUAUGAGAUUGGAGAACACAUUGGGAAGGAUGUUAGACCAUUCCUCCAUACAGAAUCUUUCCAGAUUAUUGAUAUUCUUCGUCUGCGCUCAUGGACUGCCCUCUUCAAUUCAAACCACAGGUUCAAUUGGAUUCAAAUUCGGAGACAGAGCUGGCUAUUGCAAAAUUUUGAUUUUUGUGGUCAAUUAACCAUUUCUUUGUAGAUUUUGAUGUGUGCUUGGGGUUAUUGUCUUGCUGGAAGAUCCACUUGCAGCUAAGUUUCAGCCUCCUGGCAGAGGCAACCAGGUUUUUGGCUAAAAUGUCCUGGUACUGGGUAAAGUCCAUCAUGCCGUUGACCUUAACAAGGGCCCCAGGACCAGUGGAAACCAAAUAGCCCAUAACACAUUUUAUUAUUAUUUUCUGCAUAUGCAGAUGCCAGACCCACCACUGGCAUUUACAUUUGUUGGAUAUCAUAUUUCUCCAAUGCCAAAUCAGUGUCUUGUUUGCAAUGAGAGAGCAUCGCGGACCAUAGCACUGUUAUAGAUCACUUUAUAUAAUCACAUCAGUUUUUAUUUAUCUUCAAAAAUAGAUAGGAAGAAAUACGAAGCCCUCUAUAAUGAAUUAUUCCUACUCUAAUUUUCCUACUUUCAGCACCAUGAGCUGUCCAUUUCCAAUUGAUUGUGCCGUGGCUGCUGCUUCAAGUUUCAGCACCACAAUGUAAAUGACUGAAAUCUGGCUUAAUGUGAGGUCAAUAACUGAUAAAUACAUCAUUGGCAAGAAAAAUGUUGUUUUUAAUCAAAUCUAUUAUAGUAGUAACAAGCUAUUAAAGUUGACCUCCAUCUUUGCCCUCUCCUCAAACUGAACAGAAUAUAGGCUAUAGGCUAGUCUGUGUGCAAGAGUGCAUUUUCUGGACUAGGUCAAAUAAAUAAAAAUCUGAAUAAGCCAUUGACUCCUCCUGAACUGCUACGUUUUGGAUGAGCAGAGCAGGCCGGGGUUGGAAUAUCCAUUGGUUAGGCAGCACACAAUAACGUUUUGGAUGAGCAGAGCAGAGCAGGCCGGGGUUGGAAUAUCCAUUGGUUAGGCAGCACACAAUAACGUUUUGGAUGAGCAGAGCAGAGCAGGCCGGGGUUGGAAUAGCCAUUGGUUAGGCAGCACACAAUAACGUUUUGGAUGAGCAGAGCAGGCCGGGGUUGGAAUAUCCAUUGGUUAGGCAGCACACAAUAACGUUUUGGAUGAGCAGAGCAGAGCAGGCCGGGGUUGGAAUAUCCAUUGGUUAGGCAGCACACAAUAACGUUUUGGAUGAGCAGAGCAGAGCAGGCCGGGGUUGGAAUAUCCAUUGGUUAGGCAGCACACAAUAACGUUUUGGAUGAGCAGAGCAGAGCAGGCCGGGGUUGGAAUAUCCAUUGGUUAGGCAGCACACAAUAACGUUUUGGAUGAGCAGAGCAGGCCGGGGUUGGAAUAGCCAUUGGUUAGGCAGCACACAAUAACGUUUUGGAUGAGCAGAGCAGGCCGGGGUUGGAAUAGCCAUUGGUUAGGCAGCACACAACGUUUUGGAUGAGCAGAGCAGAGCAGGCCGGGGUUGGAAUAUCCAUUGGUUAGGCAGCACACAAUAACGUUUUGGAUGAGCAGAGCAGAGCAGGCCGGGGUUGGAAUAUCCAUUGGUUAGGCAGCACACAAUAACGUUUUGGAUGAGCAGAGCAGGCCGGGGUUGGAAUAGCCAUUGGUUAGGCAGCACACAAUAACGUUUUGGAUGAGCAGAGCAGAGCAGGCCGGGGUUGGAAUAUCCAUUGGUUAGGCAGCACACAAUAACGUUUUGGAUGAGCAGAGCAGGCCGGGGUUGGAAUAGCCAUUGGUUAGGCAGCACACAAUAACGUUUUGGAUGAGCAGAGCAGGCCGGGGUUGGAAUAUCCAUUGCAGUGUGUAAUACAACCCAGUUUUAUUUGCACCAUCCCAGCAGCCAUCUUAGAAAUAUAACUUUGCUCUAUGCUUCUCCGAGCAGGCACUUUGUAUUCUAUAGGCCAUGGAUCAUUUGAUUGAACCACACUAAAUAGCCUGCAAGCAUACUUGAUAUUCCGCGCCCAGCAGAGAAUCAGAGUUGAGGGGCAGCAUUGGGCACACGGAAAAUAUUGACAUUUCAUCAAUUACAUGACUCUCCCCUGGACUAGAAAAAAAAAAAAAAAUAUAUAUAUAUAUAUAUAUAUAUAUAUAUAUACACACACACACUACCGUUCAAGAGUUUGGGGUCACUUUGAAAUUUCCUUGUUUUUGAAAGAAAAGCAAAAAAAAUUUCCAAUAAAAUAAAAUAGAUCAGAAAUACAGUGUAGACAUUGUUAGUGUUGUAAAUUACAUUAAUGACAUUGUAAAUUACAUUCUAAGUGACCCCAAACUUUUGACCGGUAGUGUAUAUACAAAACCCUCCUCCAGGUAACCAUUCUGUAAAUGUUUAUCCAUCCUCUACUGUAAAAUAUGGUGGUGGAUCUUUGAUAAGCUCAACAUGUCAAGGAUCUGAUUCUGUAUUGGGGAAUCGUCUAAGAUCCCUCCCAAUGUGUUCUCUAAUCUAAUAAAACAUUUAGGAAAAUAUGUAUUUUAUUUCAUGAUGUUAAUGUUACUGCAAACAUUCUUCAUUCAACAACUCUACUUCCAUCUAUCGUUGUGAUUUGGCAGGAAUAAACACGUUUGAAUUUUAAAAA